CGACCAUGAAGGGGAUCAUAGUCGCACUGGCUAUAGCCAUUGUGGCUGCUGCUCCGGAUAACUUGAACCCAGAUUACAGCAGCAGUAAGACCUAUGAGUACGAUUAUGAGGGUCAGCUUCUGGCUGGGCUUCCUGAGAAGGGCCUGGCAAGAGCCGGCCUGAAAUUGGGCUGCAAAGUGCAAAUCAGCGGAGUCGCCCAGAAAACAUACUUGCUUAAGAUUGUUGAUCCCCAGAUUAAGGAAUAUAAUGGGAUCUGGCCCAAAGAUCCAUUCAGACCUGCAGAAAAACUCUCCCAGGCAUUGGCUUCUCAGCUACAGAAACCCAUCAAGUUUGAGUACAGCAACGGCCGUGUUGGAAACAUUUACUCUCCCGCGGAGGUAUCAGAGACUGUCAUCAACAUCCAGAGAGGAAUCCUGAACAUGCUACAAAUUAACAUCAAGAAGACCCAGAAUGUGUACGAAUUGCAGGAGGAUGGAGUUCAAGGUGUCUGCCAAACAAGCUAUGUGAUUCAAGAAGACCAGAAGGCGAAUCACAUCAUUGUCACAAAAUCCAAGGACCUGAAUAACUGCGAGGACAGAAAAAAGAAGGACAUUGGUAUGGUUUAUACAGAGCAAUGUGACCGCUGUCAACAGAAUGGAAAGAACCUGCGAGGCGCCGCUACUUACACAUAUGUGAUGAAACCCACUGACAAUGGUGCUCUGAUCACUCAAGUGAAUGCUCAGGAGAUGCAUCAGUUCACACCCUUUAAUGAAAUGCAUGGAGCUGCUCAAAUGGAAGCAUGGCAAAAGCUAGUUCUGAAGAAUAUAAAAAACAACCCAGUAAAAGUGCCUGAAACUCAGUUCCAGAACCGAGGGUCUCUGCAUUACCAGUUUGCAUCUGAACUUCUCCAGACACCAGUUCAGCUCUUCAGGACCAAAAAUCCAGAGACAGAGAUAGUGGAGAUCCUGCAUCAUCUGGUACAGAAUAAUCAGGAGCAGGUCCACGCUGAUGCCCCAGCCAAGUUCCUUCAGCUCACCCAGUUGUUGCGUUCAGCCAGCCAUCAGAACAUUGAGGCCAUCUGGAAACAGUUUCAAAACAGAAAUGACUACAGACGCUGGAUCCUGGAUGCAGUUCCUGCAAUAGGAACGCCCAGUGCACUGAAGUUCAUAAAAGAGAAAAUCCAGAAUAGGGACAUCACAGAGACAGAAGCAGCCCAGGCUCUCCUGACAGCAAUGCACCUAAUGAAAGCUGACCAAGAUACCAUGCAAAUUGCAGCUGACAUCGCCACCUCUAGCCAUGUCCAGAAGUCACACGUUCUCCAUAAAAUUGCUCUACUUGCUUAUGGCUCCAUGGUUCACAAGUACUGUGCUAAAUUUCAGAGCUGCCCAGAGAAAACAUUACAGCCUCUCCAUGACCUUGCUGCUGAUGCUGCUAGCAGAGCUCAUCACGAAGACAUGGUCCUUGCCCUGAAGGCUUUGGGCAAUGCAGGACAGCCUUCUAGUAUCAAGCGCAUCCAGAAGUUCCUACCAGGGUUUUCCUCUGGAGCGUCACAGCUUCCAGUCAAAAUUCAAGGGGAUGCUUUGAUGGCCCUCAGGAACAUCGCCAAGAAGGAACCAAGAAAGGUUCAGGAAAUUGCUCUGCAGAUCUUUAUGGAGAAAAAAUUACAUCCUGAGGUCCGAAUGCUGGCUUGUGUAGUUCUGUUUGAAACCAGACCCCCCAUGGCACUUGUGGCAACCGUAGCUGAGGCCCUGCUGAAGGAGACCAGUUUGCAAGUGGCCAGUUUCACCUACUCCCACAUGAAGUCUCUCACCAGAAGCACUGCUCCAGACACACGCCCAGUUGCUGCUGCCUGCAAUGUAGCUGUCAAGCUUCUGAGCUCCAAACUUGAUAGACUGAGCUACCAAUACAGCAAGGCUAUUCACCUUGAUGCUUUUAGAACUGAACUGAUGGCCGGAGUAGCAGCUAAUGUCUUUGUGAUAAACGACGCAGCCAACAUCCUCCCCACAGCUGUUGUGUCCAAAAUCCGGGGAUAUAUGGCUGGAUCUGCAGCAGACCUACUAGAGGUUGGAGUCCGAGCAGAGGGACUGCAAGAAGUCCUUAGAAAACAACACACAUCAGUCAGCAGUGCUCGCAGCAAGAUUGAGCGCAUUCUUAAAACUCUCUCUGGCUGGAAGGCCAUACCAUCCAACAAACUGCUGGCAUCAGCCUAUAUCAAGCUGUUUGGACAAGAGGUUUCCUUCUCUGAAAUUGACAGGAAUGUCAUUGAAAAUGCAGUUCAGACAAUCACCGGACCUUUAGAAAGACAAGACGCUGUGAGAAGGGUGCUCAGGAGGCUUCAGGAUGGAACUGCAGCACAGUGGUCCAAGCCCUUGCUGGCUGCCGAAGUGCGUCGAAUUGUACCCACUUGCGUUGGCUUUCCCAUGGAAAUGAGCCUGUACUCUGCUGCUGUAUCUAAUGUUGCAGUUAAUGUCCGAACACAACUGUCACCUGCCCCCACUGACAGCUUCCGAAUCUCUCAGCUGCUGAAUUCCCACAUUCAGAUGCAAGCCGACCUCAGCCCCAGUGUCUCCAUUCACACAGUAGCAGUGAUGGGCAUCAACACCCAUUUAAUUCAGGCUGGAGUGGAAUUACGUGCAAAAGCCCGCAUGGCAAUCCCAAUGAAGUUCAAUGCAAGGAUUGACAUGAAGGAACAAAACUUCAAGUUAGAGGCUUUACCGUGUCAGCAGGAGGAAAACCUUUUGUCCCUGAGGGUUCAAGCGUUUGCUGUUUCCAGAAAUUUGCAAGAUUUAUCUGAAAGAAAGACCCCGCUAUUGCCUGAUUCAGCUCAAGUGAACAUAAUGAAGCAACGUUUCACAUCUCAAGAACAAACACCUUUUCAACAUGAACAAGGCAUAUCAAGACUGUCCUCUGACCAAAUACAGUCAGCAGAAGUUCCAUAUUCUGAAGAUCAAGCACAACAGCAAGAGGCAUCAGCUGAACCACACAACUACUGCGCAAAAGCAACAGAAUUCGGGAUCCAGUUCUGCUUUCAGGGAAAAUCACAAAAUGCUGCUUUCAUCAGAAACUCUCCACUGUAUAAAAUCAUUGGAGAACACACAGCGAAAGUGUCUCUUAAACCAGCUCAUAUAGAGGAAUCUCUUGAAAAACUGCAGAUUGAAAUUCAGGCAGGAGCAAAGGCAGCUUCGAAGAUAGUCAAGCUAAUAUCCCUGAAGGCUAUGCCCAAGGAGGAGGAGACAGAGGAAGGUCCUCAAGGAAAAACAGUCCUGUUGAAACUGCAAAGACUUCUGAAAACAGAAGGGGGAGGCAUGAGGAAAUCAAUUCAUAGAAACAGAAACUCAUCAUCCUCUAGCUCCUCCAGCUCCAGCAGCUCCUCCAGCAGCUCCUCCAGCAGCUCAUCCAGCCAGCAGGACAGGAAACAGAACAAGCAGCUGAACAUGAACACCAAGCGCAAGGGCCGCCCAACUUCCUCCUCCUCCUCCUCCUCCUCCUCCUCCUCCUCCUCUUCAUCCAGCAGCUCUUCUUCCCAGGAGGGGCAGAAGAAACGGGAGAAACAGAGCAAGGGACAGGUUCAAAAUUUAUAUCGUGAUCAAGACCAGGAUCAGAACAGGAAUAAAAACAGGGAUCAAGACAGGAAUAAAAAUAACAACAGCAGCAGCAGCAGUAGCAGCAGCAGCAGCAGCAGCGGCAGCAGCAGCAGCAGCAGCAGUUCUUCUAGUGACAGCAGUCAGAAAAAGUUGAGACAGCAAUACAAGAUGUAUGAUUUCCGGUUCAAGUCUGCUAGUGUCCAUCAGAAUGGCCUCAGGUCUUCAUCGUCUAGCAGCAGCAGCAGCAGCAGCAGCAGCAGCAGCAGUGAUUCCAGACUUGCAUCAGCAUCUCAAAAGCCUAAGUUCCUUGGCGAUGCAAUGCCACCCAUGCUUGCUCUUGUUCUUCGAGCCGUAAGGAGUGAUGGGAAACAGCAGGGGUACCAAGUGGCUUUCUAUUAUGAUGACAAAACAAAUAAACCCAAAGUUCAGGUGAUGGCAGCCAACUUAAGAGAACAAAGCAAGUGGCAAGUCUGUGCAGAUGCUGUGCAGCCCAGUGCUCAGGAAACUAAGGUGAAGAUUCAAUGGGGCGAGGAAUGCCAGGACUACAGGGUGGGCAUGAAGGUGUCGACUGGCCACUUGGCCACUCACCCGGCUGUGCAGCUCAAAAUGCAGUGGGGGAAGAUUCCUAAGAUAGCAAAACAAGCCACAAAAAUAGUUGCUGAAUAUGCUCCCGGCGCUGCAUUCCUGUUAGGAUUUUCAGAGCGCUGGCAGAGAAACCCAUCCAAACAGAUUGCUUUUAUUUUAGCAGCAACUUCCACAAGGACCAUUGAUGUAGUUAUUAAAGCACCAAAGUUAACCCUUUUCAAUCGAGCUCUUCGCACUCCCUUUGCAUUACCUGUUGGUCAGAAUGCUAUCUCUGAGACUGGAAAAUCCAGAUGGAGCAUAGCUAACAUUCCUAUUAUGCUGGAGGAAACAAUGUCAGGACAGUGUACAGUUGAGAAUAACAAAAUCGUCACGUUUAAUGGCAAGAAGUUCUCAACAGAAUUGCCAGACGCUUGCCAGGUUGUUCUGUCUCAAGACUGCUCCUCUGAUCUCCAGUGGAUAGUGCUAGCACAAAAGACUGCGUCUUCAAAAAACAAAGCAAUAAAUGUGAACGUGGCUAACAAGGACAUUGAAUUGUAUUGUCAUGGACAGGCCACUCAAGUGAAGGUUAAUGGCAAUGAGAUCUCCAACCUGCCAUAUGAUUCUGAUUCAAUCUCAAUUACCAGUACAGAAAAUGGAUUAACCCUUGAAGCGAACAAAUAUGGCCUAAACAAUGUUUACUUUGAUUGUGACCAAUGCAAGAUCCAGGUUGGAUCCUCAAUGAAAGGGAAGACUUGUGGGGUAUGUGGCCAUGGGGAUGGAGAAACCAGGAAGGAGUACCAGAUGCCAGGCGGAUGUGUGGCCAAGAGCUCAGAUAGCUUCGCUCAGUCAUGGGUGAUUCCAGGAGACUCCUGCAGUGACGAUUGUAAACUAAAGCGAGAGUUUGUGAAGUUGAACAAAGAGGUUAACCUUCAAGGAAGAGAAGUCAAGUGCUAUUCAAUUGAUCCUAUACUUCAGUGUAUGCCUGGAUGCUCCCCUGUAAAAACCUAUCCUGUCACUAUUGGCUUCCACUGCCUCCCAACUGACUCUGCUGUGGAUGUCCUAGAAGGAAACUUCAGCCAGAAGAAAGAAGACAUUGAAGAGAUUGUGAACGCUCACCUGGCUUGCUCAUGCAGUGGACACUGCUCUUAAAAUACAACUUUUUGUGUUUUCAAGUCAAGAUGAUUGCGUUGAUAAUCGCAAUACAUAUUUAGUGUUAUAGUAGUACAAGUAUCCAUAAUAAACUCAUGGUUUUAAAAGCAA